CAGGCAGCUAGGUGCCUAGGCACGAGAUCGAGAAUUCGAGAUCGACUAUUCGACUCCCUCCUUCCCCCGUUCACCUGUUCACCUCUCACCACGCCGGCAGACUGCUUCGAACUCGCCUCCAAUGGCUCAAGGUAUGGAGAGAUAGGGUGGAGGUACCGUGCUUAACACACUGCGACCAGGUUCGGCUGCGCUCCUCGCCUCUACUCUCGUGCCACCUAUGGCCAUGAGUUGUUCCCGCCACACCUCUAUGGAGGCACGCAAGGUGUUUGUUAGAAUGUUUACCAGCGGUGUAGGAGGAAGCGACGUCGCUGUGGACUCCUUCGACCCCGCCAAACGCCUCUGCAAGCUCAUAAUAUCCUGCCAGAAGGCCUCCGGGCUAGAGCUUGAGCUCGAUCACAGUGACCUCCGUGUCACCCCGGAUGUUGCCGAGCGUGUCCUGGAGCGCCUCGACAAUGCUGGCAUGCUCGCGUAUCGGUUCUUUGAGUGGGCACGCAAGCAGAAGCGUGGGGGCUGCAACCAUACCAUCCGCUCCUACCACACAGUGGUCGCAUCCCUCGCCAAGAUCCGUCAGUACCAGCUCAUGUGGGACGUUGUUGCCAUCAUGCGCCGGGAGGGCGUAGUCAAUGUCGAGACGUUUGGCAUCAUAAUGCGGAAGUAUGCUCGUGCGCAGAAGUUCGAUGAAGCUGUUUACACAUUCAACAUCAUGGAGAAGUAUGGAGUGGUGCCCAACCUUGCCGCUUUCAACAGCCUGCUCGGUGCGCUGUGCAAGUCCAAGAAUGUGCGCAAGGCCCAGGAGAUCUUUGAUAAGAUGAAUGGCCGGUUCAACCCUGAUGCUAAGACCUAUAGCAUUUUGCUUGAGGGCUGGGGGAAAGCACCCAAUCUCCCAAAGAUGCGAGAGGUCUACAGUGAGAUGCUUGAUGCAGGUUGCCAACCUGACAUAGUCACAUAUGGGAUCAUGGUUGAUUCGCUUUGCAAGACAGGCCGUGUUGAGGAAGCUGUCCUUGUGGUGCAGGACAUGAGCUCCAGGGGCUGCCAGCCAACAACCUUCAUAUACAGUGUGCUAGUGCAUACUUACGGCGUUGAAAUGAGAAUCGAGGAUGCUGUUGCGACUUUUUUGGAUAUGGAGAAGGAUGGGAUUGUGCCAGAUGUUGUGGUUUAUAAUGCACUCGUCACUGCCUUCUGCAAAGUGAAAAAAUUUGAAAAUGCAUUUCGAGUCAUGGAUGACAUGGAAGGCCAUGGAAUUGCCCCGAACUCAAGGACCUGGAACAUUAUCCUUAACAAGCUGAUUAGCCUUGGAAAGGAUGAUGAAGCAUAUAGGGUCUUCCGCCGCAUGAUAAAGCGCUGCCAACCAGACUCUGAUACAUACACCAUGAUGAUAAAGAUGUUCUGUGAGAAUGACAAUGUAGAGAUGGCACUAAAGGUAUGGAAAUAUAUGAGGCUGAAGCAGUUUUUGCCGAGCAUGCACACAUUUUCUGUGCUGAUCAAUGGACUGUGUGACAAGGGUGAGGUUAGCCAAGCUUGUGUGCUGCUUGAAGAUAUGAUAGAGAAGGGCAUUAGACCUCCUGGAUCGACAUUUGGCAAGCUAAGGCAGCUUCUCCUGAAGGAAGGAAGGAAGGACGUGCUUGAGUUUCUUGUUGACAAAAUGAAGAUUCUGAUACAGGAGCCUUUGUUUGAUUGACCACUCUCUGUUCCAAUGGGUCAGCAUUUUAAUGUACCACUCCAGCACAUGCAGAUCUAUUUUGCUUUAGAAGUGAGUGUUCCCCAGUUGGAAGAUGACAGGCAGCCCAACUAAUCUCUGGCAUGCUAUUAACAUCCCAAUUAUUCCUACUAUCGGUUGGCGUGAUGCAUACCACUGGCGUGCUAUCACAAGAUUUGUGCCAAAAGUACUCAACUGAUGAGAGGAUAUCAUAUCGGUAACCUGCUUGUUGUUUGCUUGAGACCUGAGACAUGUAAAAGAGGUGAACUAUGUGUGGCCGACGACCCAAAGGAGCUGUCUGGUGCAAGUCUCAUGCCAGAACCGGUGUAAGCCAGGAUCCAUGUUCUGAACUCACGAGUUCCAUUCGAACCUGCUGAAUCACAAAUCUGCUACUCAGAUAUCUCAAUGGGUUGUUGCAAAUUGCAAUGAAGUGAGAAAAAACGAGGAGUUGCUAGAUUAUAAUGGUUGGAGCACUUGUUGCAAUGACUUUUUAUUAAAGGUCUUGUUUGCUAUGAGGUCCAUGAAAUGAUGAGAAAAACAGUGUCGGAAGAGUUGUGCACUACCAAGUGAGGCAAUGAAUGGGAGGUCAAAGGAAAUUAUCGAGACCAGGUUUUAGUAUAUGACUUGAAUUCAGAAAACAGAGGUGACAUCAAGGAAGAUGGGUUCUGGUAGAAUUUUUUUGCAUGCAUAAUUUUCCUUUUCUAGUUUACUUUUGUCGUGAAAUCAGUUACUGAAUUAUUAGUUGCAACUGGCCAAUUCUUGAGAAUGCAACUGGCCAGACAGCUAUAAACAAUUUCGCUUAUACAUGAAGCAAAAAAACACAGAAGGACAAUUGCUGGUCUGUUGUUCUGCA